AUGCCAUUGCUGCUUAUGACUGAUGUGUCUUACUGCAUCAAAACUUUUUAUGGUUUCACUAAUCCUAUCACCAUCAGUGGUGUCACCAAACAGGGUGGUCCUCUAUGUCCAAUCAAGUGCACUCUCACAAGUAGCUUGGGGAGCCACUGGUUAUCAGAUUCUCUGCAUCAGCAUGGUGAUGGCAUUCAAAUUGUUACACUCCAAGCCCUUCGUGGUCGACCUCACCUUCCCAAUGACUGUAUAACGGUUCUCAUCGUCAUGAUGGAAGCCAUGGAUGACUCUGCAAUAAUCACAAUGUCAAUGCCCACCUGCCUCUCUUUGAUAAUGAUGUCUGAGACCUUUCAAAGUGCUUAUGGCAGUGAAACCAGUUGGUCAAAAUCUGCAGCCUUCCUAAGAAAUGUUCAAAACCCACCCUCUCAGCUACAGGUCACUUCCAUCGAUCCUAUGCAACCUCAUAUCCAAGUUCAGCACAAUCUUGCAGUGUCCACAUCACACAUUGAGCUUCUGCAUGUCUCCAUCAAUAAUCCCGAUGUGCAGUUUCAGAAACUCAAAACUUUGGUAUUGUCCUUUGUUUUUCCUUCACUUCAGAAUAUUCGUCUUCCUUUACCUGCCUUGCGAUGGGUUCUGUCUCAGUGUCUCAUAUCCAAGCUGAGAUCCCAUCUUGCUUAUCAGCCAAUUGCAGAGGCAGAUGCACUACACCUUGAUCACUUGAUUGCAGCAAAAGUGCACGAAUACUUCUCGUUCCCUUUCAUAUUUAAUUCUAACUUGCUCUCUUUACCUCUUUCUCUGUUUGGAUUUGAUUUCCCCUCUGUCUCUCAUCUUAAUUGUGUCACAGCUGUUAAUGGUCUCCUUUGCGACCUUAACCAUCAUAUAAGAACCUUCCAAAACAUGGCUCACAUCACCCUCACCAAUUGGACAUGCCAAUUAAAUCAUUGCUCCUUUCCUCUUCAUGGCUCCUCCCUCAAAAUGUCCUUCAUGUGCCACUCAAAUAGCCUGCCAUUUCAGUGGCAGCUAGCACAUAAUACCAUCAGUCACAAUGGUUUGUCUGUCCAUAAUACAGAUCUUUCUUUCUUGUUCCAUGGUGAUGUUCCUUUGUGUCAUGUUAACCAUUUUCUGUCAAGUCCACUAAACCUCUCUCCACAAUCCAUAACAAACCUGGCCAAUGCUGGCCUUGUUAAGCUCUCUGACAUUGCCUAUUUCUCUCCAGAUCCCAAUGGUGUCUCUCUAUGGCUCACACCACACUCAAAUAUUCGUUUCUUGAACAUGACAAUACGAGCUGAAGAACAAUGGCCAGAAACUGCUGAAUGGCUCCGCCGUCUUACAUUGAAGGACCUCGUUAAUGGAUAUAUGGCUCAGGGUGAUGUUGGAAGGAUGUCUGGGAAAUGA